AUGAAUUCAAAUUAUAAAUACAACUAUAGCGGAUCAUCAAAUACGACUGCAAUAGCAAUAGAUAUCUCCAAAGGACCAGAAGAUACUAUUUCUCAACUAAAAUUCGCCCAUGUAUCAGAUAAAUUAUUAUUAUUUGGUUCUUCCUGGGAUGGAUCCCUCAAUGCAUGGAAAGUUGAUUUAAAUUCCAAGUCAUCUAACCUUGUUGCCACUCAUCGUGAGUCAAAACAAGCAAUUUUACGCAUUGCAACAAAUGAAAACGAAAAUUUAUACUAUUUCGGUACAACAGAAGGUGCAGUAAAGAAGGUUUCGAUCGGAGAGCAAGGUCAAGAUUCUAAAUUUGUCGUUAAUGAGUUGUUUAAAGUUCCAAUUCAAUAUCCAAUCAGCGGCCUUGCAUAUUGCCAUGAAAAGAAAUGUUUAGUAGUAGGAGCAAUGGAUGGAACUGUUUAUCUAUACGAUGCUCGUGAAAAAGCAACCCCAACAGCUUUUCUUGGCACGAAUAAUGUUUUCCAUCUUGUUGGUCUUGAUGUUGGUGCCAACAAAGCUUUUGUUUGUUAUACAGAUAUGGCUAUGACCACAAUCGACAUUCGCCAGAACAUAGGAGCCCCUGUAGGACAAGAUGAAUAUCCAAAACUCGCAUAUACAGACGAAACCAGCAAAAACGGCAACGAAUCCCAAAUUACCUGCGUCGCAGCCUUCCCCGACGAUGGUGGCUAUAUGACUGGCUCCAUCACAGGAAAAGUUGUAAUCACAAGUAAUGGAAACCAAGUCAAAUACGACUUCCACCGCAGAGAAACAGAAAGAACCAUCUACAGCGUGAACUCCGUAGCCAUCUCUAGGAAGCAAACCCUGGGAAUGUCCGUUGGAGGCGACGGGACAAUUAAUUAUUUCAACCUCGGUAACGGUACAAGGACAUCAACAACAGAAUCUACGACUACAAAGACUAUUCACGACCCAAUUACGGCUUGCGCUGUCGAUGACAACGCUGAAUAUGCGGCAUACGCUACGGGAAGUGACUGGGCCAGAGGUUACGAAGAGCACGAACAUAUUUAUUUGGCUCCAAAGCUUUUCAUUAAGAAAAUUACUGAUACUGAAAAAGGUCUCAAGAAAACAACUACUUACGGCUCAAGUACUUAUGGAUCCUUUGGUUCAAUGCGCAAAUAA